UCAUCUUACAUUCACAAUUUUAUGUGCAGUACUAGGGUUAAACCCGCAAAAAAGAGUAGAAAGGUGUAGAAGAAAUUAAAUUUUAAUCGCCGAUCACGUAACUAAAAAAUCCUCAAAAAUGUUGGGAAUGGAUUUGAAAAGUCUGAAGAAAAAUCCCUCUCUACUGCCUCUGUUUGCUUGUGUUAUUGUCGGAGGUAUAGGAGCAAGUGGAUACUUAAUACGUUUAGCAACGAAAAACCCUGAUGUGACAUGGAGCAGAAAAAGGAACCCAGAACCAUGGCAAGAAUACAAAACUAAACAGUACAAGUUUAAAUCUCAAGUUGAUCAUUCAAAAUCACCAGUUCCAGAGUACUAAAUAAAUAAAUAACAUUUAUUUAAAUAAUAAUUUAAUAGGUUACUAACGCAUGUAUCAUAAAUAAUGUUUUGGUAAACUGUAUUUAUUAUAAUCAUCAGUUAAAAAAAUAUAAAAUGAUACAAACGCAGUGUAAAAAUAAAAUGUUUUAAAUAUAGUAUCUA